AUUUCUUAAAUAAAAGAGUAAAUGAAGCUCAAAAUUGGGCAGAGGAUAGGCAAGGGAGGCCAGUCGGAAGUAUUUGAAGCCUUUGAUGACUCUUAUAAUCAAUAUGCAGUCAAGGUUUUCUUUGAUGAAGGACCCUUUGAAAAUGAGGUAGAGGUCAUGGAAGCUAUUGAAAAGAUAGAAUCUCCUAAUUUAUCCAAACUGAUAGCCACUUCUAAGUUUGAAGAUGGCUCUAAUGGGAUCGUCAUGCCUUUACUAGGCAAAAACUUUAGGGUCUGAAUAAAGGCCUCUGAGGAUAGAAAUAGUACUUCAUUAAAAUACGCAACACAAAUGAUUGAUGCGGUGGAAUCUCUACAUAAAUGAGGUUAUAUUCAUUGAGACAUUAAAUCUGAGAAUUUUGUAGUUUCUCCAGAUAUGAAAACCAUUAUUCUCAUCGACUAUGGUCUCUGACAUAGGUUCAAAGAAAGAGAAGCAAUCUAUCAAAUUUUUACUCAAAAAUAACAACCUAAAUAUCAACAUAGAGAUGGAUGGUUUAAACGAAGGUGGUUUUGAAAACAGGAGGACCAUCCCAAAACAUUUUAAGGGUACUUUAACCUACGCGUCCCUGAGUUGAAUGGACGGGAAGGUUCACAGUUACAGAGAUGAUCUUGAAAGCUUAGCCUAUGUAUUACUAUAUGCCAAAUUAGGAUCACUUCCUUGGCAAAAACAUAGGAAAAUAGCUGAUACUGACGAGAAGAGGAAGAAAAUUUACCAAGAAAAGCUCAACUUUCUCAAUGACUUCAGAGCAGAGGAUUACAAAGAAGACCUCUCUAAUGUGGUUAAGUUCUUAAAAUAUGCCACAUCUCUUGACGAGACAGAAGUUCCUGACUAUAAUUACUGAAGAGAAUUAUUUACUAGAGAAUUGGAACUUCUAGAUGCUCCAUUGAAAUAUAAAAAGGAUCUAUUCGAGUUUAUGAGAUGCUCUGAUAUAUCAUACUCAAAAAGACCGUCAAUUACUUGAAUUAAGGACAACCAAAGCUUUAAUGCAAUCCCAUUCACCGGGUUUAAGACCAAAGUUAUAUCUAUCAAGGAAUCUGAUGAGAAUUCUAGUAAGAAAGGAGAUGAUGAAAGCAAAAUUGAAGAAAUUAUUAUGACCAAGAAAACUACUCUCCAGCUGCAGCAGAAUCGGAAUUCCGAUAGAAUUGUUAGGCCAAAAAUGAGUAAUGCUUCUUCAAGGGAUUUUCAUGAUAGUACUUUGCCUACAAAGACACAGUCAGCAUAUAAGAAACACCAGGAUCGGAACCGCAUUACUUCAAGUCCAGGACUAGACUUCCAUGCGAACCUAAAUUUAGGAUCUGCCGAAGAUCUUCUGGGAAGUGAGGUUCUGAAGAAAAUUAAUGUUCCUCCCAAGGUUAACCCCCGGUUGCGAGUAAUCAAAGAGGAGGAACUAAAAUACACAAAUUCAUUUGCCUUUACCCCAAAAGAAGAAUCUAUUAAGAACAUUGACUAUGAAUGAAAUGACAUCAAGGUGUCUUUGCCGAAUCAUGACUCUCCAAAGAAAAAGGAAGAGGUCAAAAGUGCAUCCUCUCAUUGAGAAGAUCUCAAGUCUAUUGAACUAACAGAGUUUUAUCAAUAUUCCACACCUCAAGGUAAGUAUUGACUAGUAUCUUGUAGACUAUGAUUUUGAUAAGGAGAUCAUGAAUGAGGACUAUGUGUUCCGACCGAAAGAUCUCAGGAUAUAUCAUACUGCAGAAGUAUCUGGAAGCGGUAAGGUUAGCUUUAGCUCUUAAUUUUAUGCAACUAAUAAUUUUUCAAC